AUGCCUCGGUCUUUCUUGGUGAAGAAAGUGAAACUGGACGAUUUCUCGGCUGCAGAGCUGGAGAGCUCAUAUGGUCACAGCAGAAGAGAAGAACUCAGUCUGCGAUUCCACCAUCAUGACAAAGGCUACGUCAGCGAUUAUCUGAGUCCAUCUCCUUAUGAUGAUGUGGUGGGAAGUGACUCAUCUGUCAUCUCUAAAGUACCCUCCCAUAGUCAUCCAUCAAUCAUCUAUGGCCACAUCAACGACACCUAUUCUGGUAUACAUGGCGAUAUCCACGGUGAUUCGGACCAGCCGGACAGCCCGCGGUCAGAGGUGUCAUCAUCAGCUGGUGGGUACAUCAACGGGGACGCGGCUGUGAGUGAGGGGUACACGGUGGAUGCGUUUUUCAUCAUGGAUGGACGGUCACGGAGGAAGGCCGCAUCAAGCCCCAGAGGAACCACCCAGAGGCACACUUGCAGCGAGUGCGGCAAAACCUACGCCACGUCCUCCAACCUGAGCCGGCACAAGCAGACGCACAGGAGCAUAGACAGCAAGAUGGCCAAGAAAUGCCCCACGUGUGGGAAAGUCUACGUUUCCAUGCCUGCGAUGGCCAUGCACCUGCUGACCCAUGACCUCAAGCACAAGUGCGACGUGUGCGGCAAAGCGUUCAGCCGGCCGUGGCUGCUGCAGGGCCACAUGCGCUCGCACACGGGCGAGAAGCCGUUCGGGUGCGCGCACUGUGGCAAAGCGUUCGCCGACCGGUCGAACCUGCGCGCUCACAUGCAGACGCACUCAGCCUUCAAGCACUACAAGUGUAAACGGUGUGACAAGACGUUUGCACUCAAGAGUUACCUGAACAAGCACUACGAGUCAGCGUGCUUCAAGGGGGCUUUCUCCCCCAUGAGCUCCUUGGGGGAAUGA